AAAUUCCUAAUUUUAGCUUAUUUCUUAACUUUAUAUGUGAAUGUUUUGGUCAAGAUUCAUUCUAUUGGUUUUGAUUAACUUGUGUUAGCGUACUUUACCCAUAGACAUAAACUAGAUAAAAUAAGAGAACGUUUUUUCCUGUAUAUUGGCUUUGAAACAUUUGAGGAAGCUACCAUGAAGUUGUAUUCUCUAUCUAUACUUUAUAGAGUUGGGGAUGGAAAGGCAAACCGGCUUGUAUCAGCAUAUGAACUAUCAUCAUUUGGAUUCUUUCAAAGAUCAAGUGUGAAAGAAUUUAUGAAUUUCUCUACAAAGAUUUUGGUGGAACGAACAUCUCCCUCUUGCAGAUCUUCAGUCAAAGAACAAGAAUAUGUGUGUCAUGUAUAUGUAAAAAGUAACAACGUAGGGGCAGUGGUUAUAGCCGAUCAUGAAUAUCCUCAGAGAGUGGCUCAUACAUUACUAAAUAAAGCCAUAGAAGAUUUUGAAGCUAAAGUGGAUAAAAAAUUAUGGUCUAUAGCCAAAGAAGAUGAGAUUAAAUAUCCAGAGCUGGAACAAUUUUUACAGAAGUAUCAGAAUCCAAGAGAAGCUGAUGCCAUGUCAAAGAUUAAUGCAGAUCUUGAUGAAACAAAAAUUAUUUUACAUAAUACAAUAGAAGCUGUAUUAGAAAGAGGGGAGAAGAUCGAUGAUUUGGUGGAGAAAUCCGAAGGCCUAAGUUUACAGAGUAAAACAUUCUAUAAAACUGCCAGAAAGACAAACUCAUGCUGUGUUAUACUAUAACCAUGGCAACAUGUUAUAGCAUUAAAUAUUGUCUGGUCAAGUUCCGUAGAGGGUGUCUCAAACAGCGUGGCAAUUGCAUCACAUGACCCACUGAAGUCAUGUGAUCAGAUUAACUCCUCCUAUUUUAGUCACAUGAUCAUUCCAGUCAUGUUGUGUAAACUCCUCCUACUUUUAUCAAGCCAUGUGACCA